AUGACAAACACAUUACAUCUUCUGGCCAGCAGUUCGACAACAACAGCACUUGACGCGGCACGAAAUCUGCUGGCCCAUGGAGCGAAUCCGUGCGCUAGAUCAGAUGACGGCUUGUCACCGCUGCAUGUUGCGUGUGCUUACGACUGUUUGGCAAUGGCACAACUGUUGAUGCACUAUGGCGCUGAUCCACUGGCAGAAGAUAAUCAUGGUCGCACUCCUCAGAGUUUGGCUACAGGAAAUACGCAGAGGUUUCUUCAGCGAAUGUUGGCCAAAAGCACGAGGGAGCAGAGAGGGAUUAUUCGGCGGUUAUUCGCAUGUCAUGCGGGAAUGGGAACAGCAACAAAUACAAAUUUCAUGAGAAGCAUUCGAAGAAAAGUGCGGAGAUCGUUCAAUGUUGGCCGCAGAAGGGCAAGCCAGGUAGCGCCCCCAACUACUGAGACAUCGACGAGUGCUUUUACGACAAGCGUUCCACUUUCGUCCACACGAAUUAGUGAAAGGGCUUCUUCAGCGGGGACUCUUCCUCGCUCUGCUGCCCCAGGCUAUCCAGACAUCGACAAAAUGCCGCUUCCAACGUCCUCUAAACUACCGUAUUCGACUGGGCCAAAUCCAUUCGGAGCAGCUACUGGUAAAAAUCCUCAUCCACCUGCGCUCCCGAAAAUCGUUACAAUGCCUGUUCCAUCGGGUCAGAAGCGGUCGAGUAGUGAUCCUGAGAUAAAGUACGACCGAGACCAGUGUCCACGCUUUCCUCAACCUUCCAAAGCUUACACACCACAACAUUUGCCGACUGGGACUCAAGCUACGGCACGGAAACCCAUUCAGAGCCCUCCUACGACUGUCAAGGAUUGCAAACCUGAACCGUCAGCACCACCGAUUGAAGAGAUGCCCGCUGAUGAUCUUUCCAAGUGGUUAAGCGAAAAGGACAGCACUCAAGAUAGCCAAAGCGCUUAUCUCACGGCCGAUGAGAGCUUUGAUAUGAGGGAAUUGCAGAAAAGAGUUCAGCAGAUGAAAAUCGGCGAACCUAUGUUAUCGCCUAAUGUUGACGACGGUCAGCUCCGGAAGGUUCGUCGUCUGACUGAUGCGCAGUUGAAAGCUGAGCUUAGGAAAGUUGGUAUCGUGGCGGGGCCUAUGUGUGCAGUCUUCAAGCCAAUAUCGAUUGUUGAAAUUAGGACUCGUGGAAUGUACGAGAAAAAGUUGGUUGCAAUGCGUCGUGGUGCGGCUGACGUGAAAGGAGUUCGAUAUUCACGUCAACUGGAAAUGGCCAUGUUGGACGUAUCCACAGCAGAAAGAGGGAAACCUCUUGACGAUCAGGUCCGAGAAGAAUUCCAGCUAGCUGGUGUGAGCGCGUUCUGCUACCUGCUGUUAGAUCCGAGGAAGAUUUGUGUUGAUGUGGAUUCACUGGAUUUGAAAAGUUUUGUGCCUUCAAUUUUUUACGUUGGAAAAGGCUCAAAGGCACGUCCUUUAGCUCAUUUGAUUGAAGCAAAGAAGGAAAAGGAAGUGAAGUCGCCAAAAAUGGUUGGUACAGCCUGUAUAUUGCACGUGUCUCAAACGCGAAGCUCCGACGUAUUGAUUCAAUCUGGGAAAACGGAUACGGUGUCAUUUGUUUACAAAUCAGUCACAGUGUCUCCGAUGAAGAAGGCGUUUGUUCGAGAAGCUGCCCUCAUUGAAGCGCUGAAACUAGAAAAUUUGACCAAUAUGAAGGGCGGCGAAUGGCGCGGUAAGAGCAAAUCUUGGACGCCAGCUAUGAAAGCAGAGUUUGGCACAUAUCAGCUGCUGAGAGCGAUGGGUGUGCUCAAAAUGGAAGGUAUCCGUCCGAUAUUCCCUCAGGCGCUUCCUGACUCAUUGUAUCCAUUUGCACAGAAGAAAAAUGUGUAA